AUGAGCGGCAAUCCGUUUACAAAAUUGAAGUUUGUUACGAAAAGUACGAAGAAGGAGCCGACUCCAGGCCUUGACUCAUCCUCUCAGAGCUUCAAUGGCCCAUCGCAGAGCACACAAAGCCACCCAUCACAAAGUACACCACCCUCAGAUGUCCCAGCUCCAGCUCGUCCAGCCCCUGUUCCUACGAAGAGCGCUCUCAAAAUCAAGUUCAAUACAAAGAGCGGAUCAGUACCACCUACUCCAACCGCAGCUGUCGAGCCAGCCAAACCGAAAAAGAGCAAGGCUGGUCGACCACCCAAACCCAGCGCGAAGCUACUCGAGAGCAAAAAGCGCGCAAAGGAGGAUGAUCAUGGAAGCGACGCAGAUGGCUCUACUAUCCAAGUCGUACAGCCUUCCAAGAAAUUGAAGCUGAACACGGGCGGAUUUGAGAAACCUAAGGGUGUGAAGCUCUCCUUAACCUCUAAGACUCCGGUUGCAAAGACUCCCGCCACUCCGUUCUCCACUGGCAGCGUUAGAAUAAAACCUAAGGGCAAGAAGCCCCCCCGACCUCCCGGAGAUGGCUACGAUUCGGAAGCUAGUGACCGCGAAGAUGAUCCACAUAUUGAGGAACAGUUCAUUCUACGAAUGGUUCCUGGUGACGAUGCCGAGUAUGUCAAAUACUGUAUCGAGAAGAAGUUGAUUGGCAUCUCAAAGAGUAGCGGUGGUGCGGAGAUUAUAAUGAAGUUCUAUGAGGACAGUGGACGACGGGGAGCUCUCCAAGUUCGCGGAAAUUGGUAUGCAUCAACCCUCGUUGACCUUCCAACGAUUACCGAAGGAAUGAAGAGUUGGGACAAGAGGGGUUGGUGGAAGAGUGCCGACAUCUGUCAGAUGUUGUGGGUCUUCGCAAGAGUCAGAGACGAACAAGAAGCCAAAACCAUUCCUCUACCAUCCAUCAUCGACCCUUCAAACUACCAAUACCCCCACGGUCUUACCGCUCCCAUGCACAACUGCCGCAAGCGUCGAUUCAGAAAGCGUAUACACAGAGAUGAGAUUGAGAAGACCGAGAGAGAGGUUCAGAGACUACUCGAAGCAGACAGAAAGUGCACAGUCUCAAAGUAUCAUGUCUUCGAUCCAAAUGCGAGACAGCAAAGUCAAUCGUAUAGCCGGGAUGGAAGUACACCAGCUAGAUAUGGCCAAGCACAGCAGUACUCCGAGGACGAAGAAGAUGAGGAAGAGGAUGACAACGAGGAUGCUGAGGGAGAGGAAGACGAUGGGUACUUUACACAGAACCACGGUCAAUCUGGUGCUACUCACGCCGAAGCCAACUUCAAUUCUCAACUCGGCGGUGAUGCAGACGCGGAUGGCGAUAUAGACGCCCAGUUCGGCAUCGACUUCGAAGCUGACCUCGAGGCCGCACUAGAAAUGAACAUGAACGAAGAAGAACUCGAAGCCGCCACGCCCAUGUCAACUGUCGCAGCCACUCCCGCAACCGGCGACAUUCUCCCCGGAGCCGACACCGAAAACCAAGAAGACAGCGGCGGCGAAUCCUUCGAGGACGACGACGAUGACGACGAUGAAGGCAGUGAGAUGGACGAUGAGGAGAAGGAGAGGAUGGCGAAUAUGGCGGGUGUUAGGGAGGACAUUGCGGAGAUGGAGAGGACGCUUGCGGAGAACUUGGCGAAGCGCGCGGUGGCUAGUAAUCACAUUAUUAAGGCUCGCUUGGAUAGCACGAUUCGGAAUCUUAAGAACGAGAUUCAGCUUAAGAAGUCAUCGAUUGGAGAGGGUGAGGGGGAGUAA